AAUGUAAAAAAAAGAACACUAUAAUUAACAUUCGAGUUUCCCAAAUUGAGCCCCCAAAAAUAAUUAAAAAUAUAUAUUUUGUUUAGGUAAAAAACUUCUCAAUAAUGGCUGCUGUUCCCGAAGUUGCCCGUGGAAAGGACUACGUUCGUCUGCCGAUUUACUCCAGCUGGCACCGACGCAAGCUCAACCCAAGGAGGAACAAACCAAAUAAAAAGUGUCAAAAUCUGCCUGCAGCUGUGAGGACUUUCAUCAGCAAUAAACUCAAGCAUUAUUUCCAUACGCAAACAGUACGAGAAGAGAAGGCGUUCCGCAGACUAACCAAAUACCGGCAUGUGAUUAUGGCAGCUGCUGUACUUACUGGGUGGAUGCAGGUCUUCCUGGUAUUCCAGUUCUUCUUCGGCGUAGAGGACUCGCAGAAGGAGCAGCUGCUUAGCAGUGAUGCCUAAACUAAGGCCUAGGAGAUGUUUUAAUUUAUAAUUAAUUUAUUAAUUAUAAUUAAAAUUUUAAAAAGCUAAAAAAAAAA